UUUGUUGUGUUUUUAAUUUGAUUUCCCGAAAAUUUCUAAAUUAACAUUCCAUUAAAAAGUUUUAAUUGAAAAUUGAUAAUAAAUGUUUUAGUGACAAAAAAAAUUUGUUUGAAACAUGUAAAAUAGUUGAAAUUUAAUUUUGAGGUUAAGGAUUCCUUACCUAUAUUAGAGAUCUUUUUACCACUAUUAACACAAAAAUACAUAAUGUGAAUAUAUUUAUAAAAAAAAGUUAAUUAUCAUUUCUUGAAAAGGGAAAAAAAAAAAAAGAUUUUCUGGGGGUGUCGAAAAUUGGCGGAGAGUACCGAAUGCGGUCGAUGAAACGCGAAAGGUCAGGGAACAAUAUGGCUGAUGUGCAAAGUUUUUGCUCACCGUGUAAGGAAUUCGCGUCAUUUUGACGGUUGAAAUCAAAGUGAUAGACCUGUCAGUGGUGACUGUUAAAGGAUAACGUAAGUGUUGUGAGAGGUCGAAGAGGCGCGUUUAAUUACGCGAUUCGUUAGGGCGGCCCAAUGCGGGUCGCAAGAGUUUCGCCGAGUGCAAAUGAUGACUUCGAUGCUGUCCAGCUUUAAUCCACCUAUUGUGAAGCGGCUGCUGGGCUGGAAGAAAGCCGAGGGCGAGGACAAAUGGAGCGAGAAGGCCGUUAAGAGCCUCGUGAAGAAGCUCAAAAAGUCAGCUGGUCUCGAGGAACUCGAGAAGGCUAUCACCACACAAAGUUGCAACACCAAGUGCAUCACUAUACCAAGGCCAAGCCCAGGUGGCGUCGGUGACAACGGUGUUCAGGGUGUGCGAGGCAAAGGUUUACCACACGUGAUUUAUUGUCGUCUGUGGCGUUGGCCGGAUUUACAGUCGCAUCACGAGCUCAGGGCCAUUGAACACUGCGAAUACGCCUUUACGCAAAAGAGAGACGAAGUCUGCGUAAACCCUUAUCACUAUCAGCGCAUUCAAACGCCAGUUUUACCAGCCAUUUUGGUCCCAAGGCAUAAUCUUUCUGGGGAGGAAUCUGUUCUCUAUAAUACCUCACUUGAGGAGCUAAGCGUGAGUGUGCCGGAGAAUACUAGCUUUCACGCAACACUAAAUCAUCAGCAUCACAAUCAACAGGGAAUCCCUCAAUCCCCACAACAGCAACAACCAAAUAAUCCAUACCAAGGAAUGCAGAGCAUGCAGGCAACGAGUCCAGCGAGUGUUGGCAGUCUUGGAAGUGUUCAGGGUUCGCCUCACCCUGCUCCAGGUUCGAUGGAUCCACCGGCAGAUACGCCGCCUCCAGGUUACAUAAGUGAAGAUGGCGAUAACAUGGAUCAUAAUGAUAACAUGUCUCUGUCACGUUUAUCACCUAGUCCCGUCGAUGCCCAACCAGUGAUGUACUGUGAACCAGCUUUUUGGUGUUCCAUAAGCUAUUAUGAAUUAAAUACACGAGUGGGUGAAACGUUUCAUGCUUCUCAACCAAGUAUAACUGUGGAUGGUUUCACGGACCCAAGUAAUUCGGAAAGAUUUUGCUUGGGUCUAUUGUCAAAUGUUAACCGCAACACGGUCGUUGAACAAACUAGACGACACAUCGGUAAAGGUGUCAGAUUAUAUUACAUUGGCGGAGAAGUUUUUGCCGAAUGCCUCUCAGAUUCGAGUAUCUUCGUUCAAAGUCCCAAUUGCAAUCAACGUUAUGGCUGGCAUCCAGCUACUGUCUGCAAAAUACCACCUGGCUGUAAUCUGAAAAUCUUCAAUAAUCAAGAGUUUGCUGCUCUACUUUCGCAAUCAGUUUCCCAGGGUUUCGAAGCUGUUUAUCAACUAACUCGAAUGUGCACGAUUAGAAUGAGUUUUGUAAAGGGUUGGGGUGCUGAAUAUCGUCGACAAACCGUGACUUCAACGCCUUGCUGGAUCGAGCUGCAUUUAAACGGACCGCUUCAGUGGCUCGACAGGGUACUCACGCAAAUGGGCUCUCCUCGUUUGCCCUGCUCCUCGAUGUCUUAAGUAUCCUUUAUAUUCUCAGAGAGAAUAAAGUGCGUGUAACACAAAAAUUUCUGAGAAACGAAACGAUCUCUAGCUCAUUGGUCGAUUUCCUCUGCCAUGGCAAAAAACAGAAAAGUCCUCGUUAAUUAACAGGUAUAAAGAUUCGUACUUUGAGUGACUCAAAGAAUACAAAACAAUUAAUUGCCACACACUACUCUUUCAAAAUAAUUCAUUAUUUUCUCGUUAUAAUGAAUUUUAAAUUUUACUUAUUGAAAUUAAAUUUCAAUUUUUAUUCAAUUAUCCGAAUUUCAAAUUUGGAAAUGGUCUUUUUAAUUCGAUGAGAAACUAAUUAUCGCAUAAUAAUGCGUAUCAUAGAAUUGUAUCAUAGAACACAACGUCAGUCAGGGUGAUUUGAAACGAUGAGCUGAUAAAUUUUUAAAUCAUAUAAUAUAAUGCAUGUUAAAUAUAUCAGAUUACGAUGAAAAUUAGAAUUUUACGUAUACACGAUAUAUCAAACUGCGCAUUAUCGACGUACGGCGCAACGUCGAAACUUGACGGGUCACGCAACAAGAGAACGUUACAAAAAAAAAAUUAUGAUGACCAUCAAAAUUUAAUUUUCCUUUUGUUUCAAUAGAAAUUAUUAUUAUUAUUAUUAAUAUAAGAAACACGAUUAACGAAAAAAAUUUCCAUUUUCUUCGCUUGUCACUCACGUGUGACAUAUAAGAAUUUUACGAAAUAUUUAAAAGCAAUAUGAAUUUUUAUAUAGAAAGUAUAAUAUGCUUAUUUUUUAUCUAAAAUGGAAUAAGAAAAAAGAAGCAAGUGUUUCUUAUUUAAAUAAUAAUAAUAAUAAUAAAUCCCAAUUAACUAAACGCGUGAUAUCGUAUAUUUUUACAAAAGACGGUACAAAAGUACGUCAGUCAAUCUUAACGAAUUAUAAAAAGCAAUUAUUGUAUGCCAAUAAAAUUUCAGAAGUUAAAAGGGAAAAACAAAAAAAAAUGAAGGAACUUCUUUUUUAAAAAGCAAAAAAAAAGAAGAUUCAUUGCGCAUUCAAAUGACAAGAAUAAGCUAAGGGAAACAUUAACAAGUUCUCCAAAUUUUUUUGGAUGACAGGAAAUAUCGCUACGUAUUAUGGUGUCUUAUCUUCACUAAUAACUAUUCUUACUAAAUGUAUGAAUAUUUACUUUUUGCUAUCGAUAUGAAUGCUACUUACAAGCAAAAACAGACGAACUAAUCGAAUAUCUUAUUUAAUAUCGGCAUAAAAGAAAGCAAAAAGUUAUAUAUUAUAUAAAAUAUAUCGACGAUUAUUAUAAAACGUUGCAUAUAUGAUAUCGAUUUAGAAUGUCAAAGGCUAAAAAAAGAAAAGUUUACUUUUUUUUAAAAAACAUUUUGAAACAACUUUGAAUUUGACUAAUUUUUGUUAUUUUUUAUUUCUUUUUUCCUUUGGUUUAUGUCAAGUGAAAAUGAAGUAUUUGUUUUUAUUGAUUAUCUUUUGUGAGCUGUUAAAUAUUGUUAAUUUUAAAGUAAUUUGAAAAGAAAUUUUCAAUUCACCGGUGAUUAUAUUAUUUUAAUAAUAAUUGACUCAUUUCCCUGUGAAAAGAAUUUAUUUUUUAAAACACACAUUUUAUUUAUUGUUUUCUUCUUAAAGCGUGUGUCUCAAAAAGAAAAUUCAAGAUAAAAAAAAAGAUGGGAGCGUAUUUCAAAGAAUAUCAUGUUACAAUAUUUAAUAAUAAGUAUAUGAAAAAAAAGUUUUUUAAAAAUAGCAUUGUCCAAAAAAAAAAGAGAGAAGAAAAAUUUUGGAGGUUUACGAAUAGCUUUGGAAAAUUGUGAUUUUCAUCUUGAAAAAUUUUUUCGAUAUUUUUUAAGCAGAUGAUUUUUAUAAGUAUUUAAAAGGGUGGGGGGGGGGAAAGGAAAUUAUACAAUUAGUUGCCGUCGAUAUAAAAGAGAAUUUUUAAAUAUCUGACAAGCCCUUUAAAAGUAAAUUUUUUUAUUUAUUAUAAAGCAUGUUAGAGAUUUCUAUUUUAUUAUAAAAGUUUAUUAUUAUAUUUAUCAUUGGAUGUCAUUUUACGAAGUAAAACAAACUAUAAUUACGAUUAAUAUUUUUAAAUGUUAAAAUAUCGAAUAAUUGGUACACUAAGCGUACAUUAUAUUCGAGUAUUUAUGAAUCGCGUGAUUUUUUAGGACAUGUAGAAAAGAUUGAAUUUUUAAUGAUUGAAACUUGUGACUUUGUGUGCCUUUUAUUUUAUUCUUAUUAUUAUUUUUGUUCAUUUGAAGCAACGGUCACGUACUUCUCAAACGUCAAAUGUAUAGAUCAUACAAAUAUACUUUUUAGCUCAUUGUCGAUGAUACGAGGAAAUUGAACAAGUGAAAAAUAAAGAAAAUAAUAAAACCCGAAACAGGAAUAUUUUGCUAAUGAAACACAAUUUUUUAAAGUCCAUAGAUUUUAUCGAUAGAGUGAUACAAUAACUGCGCAUUACGAUAAUUGUGUUUUCAUUUUCUGCAUAAUACUAUAUAUAUAUUUCUUUCUCAAUCUCGUUUUUACAAAAACAAAACAAAUCCUUAGAGUUUGAGCAAUUAAAGCGAUACUACUUUUUGGAUAGAAUUCCCGUAGCACGAAUAGUUACGAUUUUUUUUUUUUUUUUUUUUUAAUGCGAGAUUACAGUCGUUGAUUUAUAGCUUUUUACAAAGUUCUAUCUUGUCUUCUAGUUUCGUUAUAAUGUAAUAUCUGAGAUUUUCGAGUACUCGAACGAUUUACAGGCUCGAUAUAUGCACAAAUUUAAGGUGUCGCUAAAAGAAGAAAAAAAAAGGAAGCAAUUUAUGAAUACUACUCUUGGAUGAUUUCUUUUUCAAAAAGAAAAAUAAACUAUUAAUAUGAAAAUUAAAAUGAUAUAUUUUAUUAACAUUUAUUAUAUUGGAUAAAAGCGAAAGAAAAAAAAAAGUAACAACUCCCAGAGCAGUAUUUAAUGUUAAGCAUAAUGUACAUCGGUUUAAUUGUUAUAUGAAUUUAAUAUUAGUGACGAAAACAAAAUGUAUACGUUUUUAUUAUUUGAUAAUCGAUAUAUUUCGUUUUUCUUUUUUUAUUUUUUAAAUUGCUUACGUUUGAAGAGGAAAAAAGUGUGAAGAAAACUAUUGUAUGUAAUAUAAGUGAAUCUUAUUGGUAAAAAUAAUUCUCAAGAAUUUUGAAAAAUUCAUGAAAAUUGUAAUAAUCAUUUUUUUUUUUUUUUUUUUUUUUUUUUUUUUUUUAUAACAAUUUCAGUUAUUGCAAUAUUGGAAUUAUUUUCACCAAAAAGAGAAUUUGUAUAAAACGAUGUUUGUGUAAUGAACUUGCCAAUUAUAGAAAUUUUCAUCGGCGAAUUGGAAUUCACUAAGUGGCUCCGUCUGUUUUUUUUUCUUUUCUUCUAUAAACAACGUUUGUUUGUUUUUUUUUUUGCAAUAAUUUUAUCAUAUUCACAAGUCAGUAAGAGAGUGGUGAAUGGUGAUAUUUUGAUAAAAUUUUGUCUUUUUGUACAAAUUGAAAAGAAACAAAAAAAAAUUGUUAACGAGAUGUUUUUUUUUUUUUUAGUAACAUCAAUUUUUGAUUGUACAAGCUAUCAAUUUUGCUGGGCAGGGCGUUUUCGUAGGAUUAGAUGAAAAAAAAAACUUCGCUAAAAACUUUUAGAGUAGCUGCGGGUUGGGCUUGCACGAGAUACUCUCGGAAACUUAAUGAUUUUUUGUUUUGUAUUUUUAUUUGAAAUUAAAGUGAUUUCUUAAAUAAUUUUUUUUUAGAGAAAUCACUUUUUGAAAAAAAAAGUCAAUCGCUCGUGAAAAUCCAUCUCAAAAUCGUCGGGCAGCUCGAAUUCGACUGUGUUUUAAUGAAUAAUAAAUAAACAGAAAAUAAACAAAAAAAAAAAAA